AUGCCGCUGAUAGAGCUGGUCAAGAUUGCGACCUUUCCUCCGAGUAGAGGAUUGCAUUCGCCCAUAUUGCAUUGCCGCUGCCGCGUAUGCCCUUUCGUCUCUAUAGCGAAAGGUCCUGCGUAUUCAGGUACGUCGACAUGUUCUUGA